AAUGAUUUUAGUGUAAAAUAAUGAAUACGUGUUAUUUUAUGACCAAAUUAAUGUGGAUAUUUUUUUCAGCAACAUAAGCAUGCCAUCCAUGCUUAUGCCAUCCAUAGCGCCUUGCUGCAGACAUGUUGAACUCUCAGUAUUAUAUUUUCCAAAAAAGUACAGUUUUUUUCUUCUAAUUUUAAAGCAGAGUCAUAAAAUUUCCCCCAAAAAACUAACUUAAAUAAUAUUAGAGCAAGCAGCAAUAAUAAAUGCCAGUUAUUGUCUCAUUUAUAUACUGCUCAAAAAAAUAAAGGAAACACUAAAAUAUCACAUCCUAGAUCUAAAUUAAUGAAAUAUUCUUAUUAAAUAUUUUGGUCUUUACAUGGUUUAAUGUGCUGACAACAAAUUCACACAAAAAUUAUCAACUGAAAUCCAAUUUAUUAACCCACGCAGGUCUGGAUUUGGAGUCACACUCAAAAUUAAAGUGGAAAAAGGCACCACCUGUUGUCUAUUCCAUUUGCUCAACGGCAUGUGAAAUUGAUUGUCAAACUGUAUUGCUUCCAAAGUGGACAGUUUGAAUAACGGCGCAGCAGUUUUGACUGAGUGUGAAUUGAGUGUUUCCUUUAUUUUUUUGAGCAGUGUAUAUUCAUACAUCAGUUCGGUACAUCUGAGUUGAGGCUUUUUAGACUAGGAUAUUAUUGAUUGACAGAGGCCUUGACCUAUCACAGUCAGCGAUGGUACAUGGUGGUGACUUUCUUAUUCCUCUUACACAACACUCAUUUGCAUUUCCCCCUCAUAUGAUAUGCUGAAUCAGAUAACAUGCAAAUAAGAAAAUAACUAAAAAGAAUUUGGAUUACAACAAGAUUGUGCUCAGAUACAUUAUCCUGUAAGUCGUGCGUAUUUGGCACAGCAGCAAUAACGCGUUAGCCCCAAACUACUAUCUUCCUGCCGUGCAGUCACAAAGCAUCUAACAGCAACCAGAUGGGAGGCGCGGGAGCUGAACUGGUAUAGAGGGUUCAGUGUGGGAGUUAAACUGACUAAUGUCGAUUCUGAAGUUGGUCAUGUGGGAGGUGGACCGGUUUGAGAUCACAGCUCUGGUAACCCCCCUGCUGCUCUCGUAGGGUGUCGUCAACCAGAUGGCCAGGUACUCCGGAGAGAUCAACUAAAAUGCCCCAAUUAAACACUUGGUGUGUAUGUCUGGUGGUGGGCGUAAAUGUAUGACUUCAAGUCGUCAUUAUCGCAUAUUUAGAAGACACAACAUUAGGUACACUUCCACAAUCUGAAAGAUGCAAUGCAAGAGCUGCAUUAGAAUGCACAGCAGUAGGAUGUAAUAACUAAUAAGAGUGUAGGCCGGGCAGCAGGACACAAUUAAAAAACUCCGACAGAGUAUAAAAUAGAGAGCAGUGAAACAGCUAAUAAAAUACACAGCCAUCAUUGACCACCAUUAUAGUCCCCAAUUAAUUUUUAUUUCCAAUUUUGGCUCAAGGACAGCAUCUCUAAUGCUCUGAUUUCAAAACAAUUUUUACCAUGGGAAAUAAUGUAAAGUGAAAUAAUUUGUUCCAGGCUCAAACUGUAUAAAUAAAAUCCAACUUUUAGUAAUUGUACAGACAGUGCUUUAAGGAAGACUCUUAAGUGUCAUACAAGUAUAAAGAGAAGCUAACAGCUAGAAAAUAAAAAGUAAAAUAAAGUAAAACUACUCACCCUGUUUGAAAGGUGAUACUGUCACUUUUGAGCAGCUGAACAAUAAUACGCCAAAUAUUUGAAUUAUAGAGUAUGGGUGUUAAUUGGAAACAGACGAUAAUUGGAGACUUAUUGAUGAAAUUCUAAAACUCAUUAUACAGGCCGCUGGCGGCCGAGUGGUUAGCAUGUUGGCCGCGCACUCAGAAGAUUGAGAUUCAAAUGUUCGUUUGGGCAUCUGUGUUUGGAGUUUGGUUGUUUUUUCCCUGAGUACUCCGGCUUCCUCCCACAGGGUCGCUGUAUGGGGGGGAAAGUUAGGACAAUUUCAAAUAGAGACGUGGUGAGAACAGCUGCUUCGGGGGGGACCUAAUGUGAUUUCUUUUCAUGGGGUCCAGAAUUACUGGUGGCACGCCCAUCCUCCCACAUUCCACAAAAUAUGUGUGUUAGGUUAAUUGGAGACUCAAAAUUGUUAAUGGUUGUUAAUGUGAGUGCAUACGUGCCCUAUGAAUGUCCAGUGUGUAUCCCGUCUCUCGCGUGAAGUCAGAUUGGAUAGGCUCCAGCUUAUCCAUGAUCCUACUGGAGAAUAAGCAGUGACAAUAUGGAGGAAAUGCUCGCCCGAACCACGGACUAUAUUAACGUCUGCAUGGAUUUUGUUGUGCCAGUACGGACUGUAUGCUGCUUUGCCAACAACAAGCCCUGGAUAACAAGUGACAUCAAAGACCUUCUGAACCUCAAGAAGAAGAAGACCUUCAGAGACAGUGGCACACAGGUGUUUAAGUGGGUGCAGAAGGAACUAAAAGUCCAGCUAAGGGCAGCAAAGGAGCAUUACAGAAGGAAAAUAGAAGAGAGGAUGCAGAACAACACAUGAAGGAUGUCAAGAAUAAAGACCAUCAAGGGCUGCAGCUCAAAGAAAGGUGCCCACAUUGAGGGGGAUGUGAGAAGGGCAAACCAAUUAAACCAUUUUUUAACAGGUUUGACCAUCCCAUCCCACACACAGCAGCCCCCCACACAACACACAAUAACAGGGGCUCAAGUAAGUGCGGAGCUAAGGAGGCUGUGCCCCAGCAAAGAAGCAGGACGGAGUGUCACCUCGACUACUGGAAGCCUGCGCGUGGGUGCUGGGAGACCCUCUUCAGCGCGUCUUCAACCUGAGCUUGGGGUUGAGAAAGGUUUCACAGCUGUGGAAGACUUCCUGCAUCAUCCCAGUCCCAAUGAGACCACAUCAUAGUGAGCUGAAUGACUUCAGGCCUGUAGCCCAGACGUCAUAUGUGAUGGAGACCAUGGAACUUCUGCUGCUCUGUCACCUAGGGCCACAGACCCACCACACACUCGACCCUCUGCAGUUUGCAUACCGGGAGAACUACAGUAUGCUCUCUUCUGUUCUGUUUACCCUGUAUACGUCCGACUUUUACUACAACUCUGAACUCUGCCAUGUACAGAAGUACUCGGACGACACGACCAUCGUUUGAUGUCUCAGGUCUGGACAGGAGGAUGAGUGCAGAAAACUGAUCCAGGACUUGGUCAUCUGGUGCGAUGCAAACCACCUGCAUCUCAAUACCACCAAGACCAGGGAAAUGGUGGUGGAAUUUAGGAGAAACAAGACACACGCAGAACCUGUUCUCAUUAAAGGUGACUGUGUGGAGGUGGUUCACUCCUAUAAAUAUCUGGGAGUGCAUCUGGAUGAUAAACGGGACUGGAAUGCCAACAUAGAUGCUCUGUGUGGGAAAGGACAGGGCCAUCUAUGCUUCCUCAGAAGGCUGGCUUCAUUGUAUUCAAUGUAUUCAAGAAGCUGCUACAGAUCUUCUACCAGACUGUGGUAGCUAGUGCCCUCCCCUAUGCAGUAGUGUGCUGGGGGAGCAGCCUCAAGAAGGAUGCCACAUGCCUGGACAAACUGAUGAGGAAGGCAGGCUCUGUCAUUGGCACUGAGCUGGACAGCCUGACAUCUGUGGCAGAGCAAAGGACACUGAGGGGGUUCAUUUCCAUCAGGGACAACCAGCAUCAUCCAAUGCACGGCAUCAUCUCACGACUGAUGCGGUGCCAAGGCCAUUGAGGAACACAACUGCAAAACUGAAAUUUUGUGUGGUCCUUGAGCGCCAUGGAUGUAUGGGCGCUACACCCAGGAACUGGGUGCCUACGCCAAGGAGGAAGCGGCCCGUCUACGGGAUGGCGGAGUACGGAACGGCGGAGGACUGCGGCGGAACACCAGCGUCCGGAGUCGUGCCACGGAUCUACAGGAGUAUGAAAAAGACCCGUGUGCAAAGUGCCAGUCGUGUGCAUCUCGCUGCCAGAAGUUCCUGAUCUCACGAGUGGGUGAGGACUGGAUCUUCCUCAUCUUGCUGGGGCUGCUCAUGGCACUGGUCAGCUGGGUCAUGGACUACGCCAUAGCCUUCUGCCAAGAAGCACAGAAGUGGAUGUACGGUGGCCUGGACAGUAACAUGUUUCUUCAAUACAUCGCCUGGGUCACCUACCCUGUGGUUCUCAUCACAUUCUCUGCAGGAUUCACCCAGAUACUGGCUCCUCAGGCCGUGGGCUCGGGCAUUCCGGAGAUGAAGACAAUCCUGAGGGGAGUCGUCCUGAAGGAGUAUUUGACUUUUAAGACAUUUGUGGCCAAGGUCAUCGGCCUGACCUGCGCCUUGGGCAGCGGGAUGCCUCUGGGGAAGGAGGGACCUUUCGUCCAUGUUGCCAGCCUGUGCGCCGCCCUCCUGAGCAAAUUCAUGGCAGCACUUUUUGGUGGAAUCUAUAUGGAAGAGCCCUUUGAGGGAAGCAAGAACGAGUUGAGGAACACCGAAAUGCUGUCUGCUGCUUGUGCGGUGGGUGUGGGCUGCUGCUUCGCUGCCCCCAUUGGAGGAGUAUUGUUCAGCAUUGAGGUCACGUCCACCUUUUUUGCCGUGAGGAACUACUGGAGGGGCUUCUUCGCUGCUACCUUCAGUGCCUUCAUCUUCAGAGUGUUGGCGGUAUGGAACCAGGAAGAAGAGACCAUCACUGCUCUCUUUAAGACCCGCUUCCGUCUGGAUUUCCCCUUCGACCUUCAGGAGCUGCCGGCGUUCGCCAUCCUUGGGAUUGCCUGCGGUUUCGGCGGCGCCCUCUUUGUGUACCUGAACCGGCACAUUGUGGAGUGCAUGAGGAAGCAGAAGACCAUUAACAAGCUCUUACUGCGGAAUCCCUCUCUUCCUGUCAGGCGCCUGGUGUACCCAGCGCUCGUCACCCUGCUGGUCUCCACCCUCACGUUCCCGCCGGGCUUUGGGCAGUUUAUGGCGGGACAGUUGACGCAGCAUGAGUCUCUGGUGGCACUCUUUGACAAUCGCACAUGGUGCCGUCAGGGUGUGGCGGAGGAGUUCGACUAUAUCAGCCACCAUCACGGUUGGAAGCACCCCCAGGUUAACGUCUUCAUCACGCUCGUACUGUUUAUCAUCAUGAAGUUCUGGAUGUCCGCCGUGGCCACCACCAUGCCCGUUCCAUGCGGGGCCUUCAUGCCAGUUUUCCUCAUUGGUGCUGCAUUUGGCAGGCUGGUUGGAGAGGUCAUGGCCGCCAUGUUUCCUGACGGUAUACAUGCUGACGGCAGUGUGUAUCCCAUCGUCCCCGGCGGUUAUGCAGUAGUCGGCGCUGCGGCGCUGUCCGGGGCCGUCACCCACACCGUGUCCACAGCGGUCAUUGUCUUUGAGCUGACCGGUCAGAUCUCGCACAUCCUGCCUGUGAUGAUUGCGGUGAUCCUGGCCAACGCCGUGGCCCAGGCGCUCCAGCCGUCGCUGUACGACUCCAUCAUCCGCAUCAAGAAGCUGCCCUAUCUUCCAGAGCUAGGCAUGGGGCAUCACGAGAAGUAUAAUAUCCGUGUGGAGGACAUCAUGGUGCGGGAUGUGCGCUACAUAACUCUAACCUCGUCCUAUCGGGAGCUGCAGGAGAUGCUGCUGACUGGUCAGCUUAAGACGCUCGCACUGGUUGAAUCCAUAGACUCGAUGAUCCUCCUAGGCUCCAUUGAGAAGCUGCAGCUCCAGUCUCUGCUCUCGCUCCAGCUGGGUCGCCAGCGCCGCCUGGCCUACCUGCGCCAGCUGGCCCUGGACAGCGACACCAACGACCACCUGCCCAGCCUGACCAGCGACAGCACACCAAGUUCACCCUGCAGCCACGCCGCCAUCAAUGCUCAUCAAGGGGUCCGCUUCCUGGUGAGCACCCAACAGAUCUCCACAGAGGAGUCUUCCUCCUUCAGCCCAGCAGUGGUUUCCAACAUUCAGCAGCUCCCUCUCAAAUCGGCUUUAAAAACUGUGUCUGCAAUCAGCAACACUGACACGCCGAACAGCUCUCAGACGCUCUCCUGCGCUGACCAAAACAAGGAGCUGCUGGAGGUGAGAGCAAGCACGACAGAGAUCAAGGGUCAAAGCACAGCUGGGCCGGCCUCCUCUGCAAGCAGGAAGCCCAAACGUGUGAGGAUCUCCAUGGCGGACUCGACUGAAGUAGAAGACGGGAUGACGCCAACCGAGAUUGCCGAGUGGGAGGAGCAGCAACUGGACGAGCCGGUGGAUUUUAAGAACUGCAAGAUUGACCCGGCGCCCUUCCAGCUGGUGGAGCAAACGUCCCUGCAUAAGACUCACACUAUCUUCUCCCUGUUGGGCCUAGAUCACGCCUAUGUGACCAGCAUGGGCCGCCUGGUGGGCGUCGUCUCCCUUAAAGAGCUGCGUAAGGCCAUUGAAGGCUCGGUCACGGUGACCGGCGUGAAAGUGCGCCCCCCGUUGGCUAGUUUCCGCGACAGCGGCAACACCACCAGCAUCUCCGAGGUGACGGAACUCCACAAGCUGUGCAUCCGACACAGGGGGCUCUCGUUGCCGCGGGAACCCAACCCUCCCGACGUGGAGGACCAGCCGGUCGUGGCGUCCAAAGAGAUGCCUGACGACCCGUCGGACUCGACCGGUUUGCAGUAUGAAGGCAGCCCGGGCGAGGUCACGCCGCACCCUUUGUCGGAGCUGGUGCUCCAGGAAAGCCCCUCAUUCACAGAGGACCCGUCAGAAUUUACGUUUGACUGCAGCCCCUCCCACACCGAGGAGUCCGAGCUGGCCUGUGACUAUGACCCCCCAGGCCGAGGUCUUCCUGAGCCUGACCAAACGGAGCAAGAAAGGGCGAGUCCACCUCUGAGCAGGGACCAAUCAGGACAAGAGGAAGCGGGGAGCGACCUCGCUGACAACCAAUCAGAGUGAUGAAUGUGAAUGUUGUGGAGAUUGCCUUGUUUAAGCACUCGCUAAUCUCUCAUUACUGUCUAUCCAAAUGGACCAAGUAUUAAUCAGUGCAUGAGCAUGUGCCACAUUUAAAGGUGCACUCCAAGCCAAUAGGGGGAAGCGUAUUAUGACAAAGUGAGGUUCUGACCUUUGGUAGAGAUUGCUCACCACGCACAUUUGAUUGUAUAGUGAUACCUCAUGUCUUUAGAUUUUUUUUAUUGCCUUAAAUCGGGGGUGGACCCGUCCGAUUCUAAACGCAAACACUGUAAAUGCUCUAAUUAUAGCCUAUACCAAAACCACCAAAUUGGAAGCAGGUGAUAAUUGGAGAGGAGCUGUUGAAAACUCAUUAGAUAGCUACACUAUAAAGUUCUUUUUUAACUUUAAUGAUAAUGUGGAGUGCAUGAGAAAGUGGAAGGGAACAACAUAGCUAUUUGACAACAGGGUCAUUAAUUAACAAGUAUAUAUAACAACAGAAACAAUAUUGUAAAAGCGGUAACACUUCAGCUGCUCAGCCAGCAUUAACACUGCUGAUGAGUUCAUUGAGUUUCACACCAACGGCUGAGUAUAAAGCGCAUGCAGAGGUAGAUAUAGGUGCUGGAUGCUGUCAACUCAUGAUACUUGAAAGUUGAUUUUUUGAAAGAUGACAUUGAGAGGUUGCCUACAGCCACAGCUCUUCAUGCUAGUGUUUGGACUUGGACUUGUUGACCACACACCCGGCGACUUUAGGAGACUUUCAUUGAAUAGAGGCGUUAAUUGGAGCAUUUACGGUCACCAAUAAAUACUGGUGGUAUAUCACAAUCAAUAUUUGUCUCUCCACCCCUGCUUUAAAUCAAUGACAGGAAUGUUUUUUCUAAUAUACUUCAGUCAGGCCACAAUCUGUCGCUUGCGGCAGUGCGAGAUAGCAACAAUCGGGCGUAAUAACAGACGGAAGGGUCGCGUAUGAAGCUGUGCAUGUUGCGGCAGCGUCUCUCGACAAUUCAUGACAUGAUUAUAGAAUCACCAGCCCUGGUCUUUAAAUAUCUACCUUACGUGUUUCUUAUUGAGAUGUGCAGGGCCAUGUAAAUGAUGAGAGGGGAGAAAGCACAGAACUAUUAACUACCUACAGUAUACUAUUCCCCACAAUGUGCUCACAUAUGAGAGGUUCUAUAUUCGAAUAUACAUAUAUUUCUAAAGUGGUGUGGGCUUACUCAUCGCCUGAUAUGCAAUAAAUCAACAGUAAUCAUGCAGUAAAGCCGUAAGGCUGCAUUGUUGGCAGUUUUAUGUGAUAGUUACUGUUAUUUUUAAUACCUAAUGUUACGUUUGUCUAUAUUAUUGCACACAAAACGUCUCUUGUUAUUCUGACAACACAGGCAGCUUCCAAAGGGCCAGCAGGUCCAUAUAAGUGUGAAGCACAUUGUAAAUAGCAUGACUUUACUUUGCUGCACUGGUAGCCUCUGGUGGCUUUUCUAGGGGCGUGUUCAAUAAGGGCAACAAUUUUCCACAAUGUAUAAAACUGCCUGCUAAACAACCAGUGUGAUGGGGGUUAUAGUUCACAGCACACACAAAAACACACACAUGUUGAUAUCCAGGGCACAAUAUGUCACAUAUGACCAAGACUAGAUAUACAUAGGAGCCAUGUUUUGUUUCCACCCACUGUGGCUCAUGUUUGUCUUUGCGUAUAGAAUGUGGCGUGCAGAACACAUGGCGUUUGUACUGUGUGCAGCGUAUCUAGUUCAGCAAUAAGUCUGUAGUUGUACCCUUUAUAUGGACACACACCUGUACAUGCUUUGUACAUAUGGAAUGGCACGCAAUGUAAAUGGGCCGACGCAUUCAACAGCCAUUGUUAUUUUUCAGAGAACAUGAGAACAUGUUUUUGUACAUGAGUGACUGAUUUAGGUUGAAAGAAAAGCACAUUGGAACAACAAAAAAGUUGACGUGGUGUCUGUCUUUUUUGGAUUAUUAUUUAUUUGUAGUUGAUGUAUUAUUAAGUUUAAUAUUUGUUUAAUGUCGUUAUUUUUGAUAUUAUACACACAUUUUGUUUUAUUUAUUGCUAAAUUUAUUUUUUGUAUUUUUUUAUUAUAAUCUUUUUUUUUCUUUUAAGUGUUUUUUUUAAUUUGUAAUGAUUACAUUUAUUUUAUUGCUACAUUUUAUAUAUUUGUAAUUAUUGAUUUGUAUUUUAUGUAUUUAAUAUAUUUUUUAAUAUUUUGUAUUGGUAUGAUUUUUCUUUUAUUUUGCCAAACAUUGGUAAUGUAGUGGUUCACAUAACUGGCCUUGUUAAAUAGGAUAAGCAGUGUGGACAUUUGUUUUUUUUUUGUUUUUUUUUAAUCUGUGUGGUUAACAUCUUUCAAAAAUGAAGAUUAAGAGAAAGCAGAAAAGUACGGAAUUCCAAGUGCAAGGAGUUCUAAGAAUAUGUCAUAAAUAAAGGUCAGAGUGAGCGAAACAGAGAAAGAGAAAGGUCACUGUUCCAAAGUGGGGAGUCCACAGUAGAUUUUUGAGAGAGCGAAUGGUCAAAAUGCCAAGAGGGAGAAAGGUUAGAAUACAGUUUGGCCGGCCAGUGGAGCUAUCUAGCGCUGAUGCCAAAACCAGACAAAAUAGGAAGUUACUGGAUUUAAAAAGCAUGAAGAGAAUUCCAGGAAAAUCCAAAAAGGGUGAGCGUCAGGUUGAUAAAAGACUGACAAGUCAAAUGAUUAGUCUUUUAUUCUGAGUGACAACCAAAUACUCAUGACUUUUUUUUUCCAAAUAUGUGACACUAAUCGUCUUCCGUGACUUGGGAACGAAAGCGCCCUCCCAAGAAGAAAGUCAUUAUAAACAGCAUCUCACAGAGGUGAGCACGCCCCUCACGUUUCAGCAACUGUUUACUGUAAUCACAGUGUGUCUUCUCAAGGGACAACACUACAGGAAGGACAUACUUUGGAGUAGUCGGUGUACAGCUUGUAUGGAAGUGUCGAUUGAAAAUGACAAUCCACAGCCGUUAUUGUUCAAAUAGCUGGUAACACAAGUGAGUGGUAGUGGUAGUGUCAGGGUCUGAGUGCUGCCGGCACUGGGGAGCUGCGGUUCGUUGAGGGGAAACAUGAAUUACAACAAGUACUGUGAAGCAGAGCAUGAUUCCCUCCCUUGGGAAACACAUGAUAAGAAGCCCAAACAAGACAAGUGCCUUGCGUAGGAAGCCAAGCUGAUGGAGUGGCUGCGGGUUGACUUCUUUUCAGCGGAUAGCAAAUCCAUACUGCUGUACAAGCGGUGCACCGACUACUCUAAGGUAUAUCCAAGGUUCAUUUCUAUAGUACUGUCUCUUGAGAAGAUGUAAUGAAAUGCCGCUGAAAUGGGAGGGGUCACUUGUGAGACACUGUAGGACAUUCAGUAUCAACACGUGACACAUCAGCAUGACCCCCAGUAAAACAACACUACAAAAUAUCCAUAGAAAAAACAACGCCAUAGCAACACUUGACAAAAAGAAAUGUACAAAACUCAGUCUGCACAACAGCUUUACAUUCUGCUUGGACACACGCUCCCAGUGGACAUGUUGGUGGUGAAUUGUGGAAGGCCUGGACGCGGGGGGGACACAAGGCAGCGACGGAAAGACGAACAGCAGAACAGAUGAUGUCAUAUCCACAGUCAAAGAGACAUGAACUUGGACAGCACAUCACAUCAAAUACUCUUUAUCUUCCUUCUUCUCCUCGUCUUCCUCCUCCUCGUCAAAGGACGCCACCCCAGACGAGGCCCGGUCAGACAGGAAGCCUCUGGAGUGCCACACCCGAACCUCGUGGAAUACGUCCUCAUCCUCUUCCUCCUCCUCUCCGGGAGACUCCGAGUGGGAAGUGGAGUAGCAGGAGUCGAAGCGGCUGCUCCGCCCCCGAGGCCUCCACUCGGGCUUGUAGUGGACGCACACCUCGCUGUGCUCCUUCCCGCUCUGAGGGGCUGGCGGACAGUCCUCCUCGGGACUGGUGCACUCGCUCGGGGAAGGAGAAGGAUCGUUUUGGGACUCGGCAUGGGGGCUCUCCAGGGGCGGAGUCUCGCUGACCUCAGAAAGGCAUGGCACUCCGGAAGUAGGGUGGGAUGCGGCGGCGUCUGAGGGAGGAGCAAAGAGUCAGAACACCUGCAGGAAAGCACGAACGGAUGAACAGAUGGGGUGGUUUGGUCAGUGAGGAUGCAGGAAUGACGCAAUGCCAUGACAUGAAAUGGACGCACAAUGGCGCUAUCUUUGGAUACCUGACGCGCUUUGACUGCUGAAAGUCCCCGCUCCGGCGUGGGUGUCUUCGUCGUUGGAGUCAUCCUCCUCGUCGUCAUCCAUGGAAGCCCAGGCUCGGAGCUUGGCCUCAGCGAUGGCAAACUGCUCAGCCACUCCUUGGGGGGAAAAAAGCAUUUGUAACACCAUAUUGUUGUCUUGUACUCAUCUUUACGUUAUCUUCAACUUUUCAGCACAAUAAAAAUGUUGUUUGCUAACUGGCUUACAACCUUUGAGGCCCUUUUUUUUUUUUCAAGCGCUGUGUGUGUGUGUGUGUGUGUGUGUGAGUGACAGGAAGAAAAGCUUGUUUGGGAGACUAGACGUUUGCCGCCACCUGUUGGUUGGCAUGUCUCGAUGAAAUAAAUAAAUAAAUAAACAAAUAAAUAAAUAAUAAAUCUCUACACCCCAAUUAUAAGACUUUAUUUCUACAGGCAAAAAAAUCUUUUUUAUAUUCAUGCACGUGUCCGAAAUGCUUAAAGGGGCGUGCCUGACCUUUGACCGACACGACGCUAAUAAGCUUUCCCCCAGUAUGUCGAAAAACACUAAGUCACAGUGGCUGGUGUGUUUUUUCCAGAAACAUUUCAUUCCACUUUUAAACAAGGAGGCAGGAAGCACAUUUUACAAACCACUUGUCAAUCACAGGUUUGGUGCAUUUUUGCAGUUUCUUCUUUUGCUGUUUUUGGCCAGAAGUCACGUGCAAUAAGAGUAAGACGCCUCCUGUUGAAAGUUAGCGUUUUGUUGCUGUGAUUGUUUUACUACAAACAGCGGUUCACUUACUUUUACGCGUGCAAUUACUGUAAAAUGGAGGCUGCAGCACGGAGGUGUAUACGUUUUUUUUGGACAAAUAUGCCCCUAAAGUUGCACCAAAUGUGUGAGAACAUUAAAACAUUAAAUUUGACUAAUUCUGUGCUUUUUUUGCAGCUUUUUCUUUGGCAUUUUUUGCCCCAUGUUAUGUGAAAUAAAGCCGUCAAAAGUGAGUAUUUUCUUUGUUUUUAUUGUUUUACUAUUAACAUUGGUUCACUUUGUUUCACACGUAUGUGUCACUCUCAAUUAAGAAUGU